ACUCCUGCUACUUAUAGGGAGCUUGUUAUUCCUAUUUCGUUAUUUCCUCUCUUUUUCUCCCUCUUUCUCUGCUUCUUACACUGUUUUCUUCACUCCAUGUUGAGUCUUCAUCUCUCUUCUCUGCUUCUUCUUAUUUACUAUGACCCCUGACAUUUUCUUAGCACUGAUCACAAGCUUGUUAUACUAACAAUUGACAAACUUUUAACUUAAUUCAAGAACCCCAUUUUCUUUAUUUCAUUCUCCUCUCCACUUACUAAAAAAGAAGGAAGUGUGGAGGUUGCAAGAGUUUAUGAAGGUUCUAACAUGAAUAGCUUUAUACUUCCAAAUGAAAGUUUUCCCCUACCUUCUAAGGUUCUUGAUUCUCUCUGGAUUUCCAAUUCCUCUCCCACUUUUCAUGGCUCUGUAUCCAUGGUUAAUUUCGACGAUACCCGAGGAACAAAGACUAAAGAGAGGUCAUUCUUCCCUUCACUUGACAAGGAAGAAAAUACCAACGAGGAUUAUGAAGUAUCCUUUCACCAGCCCGAAAAGAAAAGGCGACUAUUGCCAAAACAAGUUCAGUUUCUUGAGAAAAGUUUUGAGGUAGAAAACAAGCUUGAACCAGAGAGAAAAAUCCAAUUGGCUAAAGAAACUGGAUUGCAGCCUAGGCAGGUUGCUAUUUGGUUUCAAAACCGACGAGCCCGGUACAAGAGUAAACAACUUGAGAAGGAUUAUGAUGUGCUAAAAGCUAGUUUUGAUAAACUCAAGGAUGAAUAUGAUAGCCUCUUCAAAGAGAAUGACAACUUGAGAAAUGAGGUUCAUUUACUUAAAGAGAAGUUGUUCAACAGAGAGCAAAAUUCAGAAGAAAAGGAACCCAUUAGUCCACUUAAUACAGAAGCUCAGAAUCCAACUAAUAAUAUGCAGAAUUUAACAAUGAUGGUCUGCAAACAAGAAGAUGCAAGUUCAGCAAAAAGUGAUAUUCUUGAUUCAGACAGCCCAUGUUAUGCUGAUGGGAAUUAUACUUCUUUUUUGGAGCCUUCUGAUUCUUCACAUGCAUUUGAAACAGAAACAUCUGAUUUUUCUCAAGAAGAUGACAGCCUAAGCAGGACCUUGUUGUCCUCACUAUGCUUCCCAAAGCUUGAAGAUGACCUACCAGUAAAUUCUUGCCAUUUGAGUUUUCAAAUUGAGGAUCAGUCUUGGUUCUGCCAUUAUUAAUUUUUCUUGUUCAACAUUGGCUCCAUUCUAAGUUAUUUUCACUUUCUACUUUUUAAA